AUGGACAUGCGGUCCAAGUCGUACCCAUUGUUACCGAAGGGCCGCGAUGUACAUUUUGUCUUGCCACGCACCGGAGACCUGCGCUUUCGCUGCCAGCUUCCUCACGACUUUAAACAGCGGCUGUACAUCCACGCAGACCCGCGGCGCCGCUUCUGGUAUUCGCUGUUUGAGCUUCAGCGCAAGUUUAUUGUCAUGUCAACACAGGGAGACUUGUACGUGAAGAAUAUCGUGUAUAGCUUUACGAUGGAUGAUCUGCCCACGAAAAAUGUGCUUAGUAUGCCCCGUGUGGCACGCGGAGACCUCGUUAAGGCACUUGAUCUUGUGCAGUGUUCCAAAAGUGAGGGACAACGUUGGGAACUCGUUUUUACACGUUGGCGAAAUGAGUUUUAUGCUAAUAGUAUUAACUCUUGGGCAUUUCAUUCUCGCUUGCAGCAACAAAGCCUUUCGAUGUAUCGGACGGAAGUUGAGCUCUGGCUCAUCCAUCCCGAAUUUCAAAAUUUUUAUAAGCGAUUGCGUCAGAAGCAAGCUGUCGCAAGCAUGUCAUUACAUCCGCUACAGCGAUCAGAAUUCGUGAUGAAUCAGCUGCCCUUGAAAUCAGAGCAUUCGACAGCAUCUUCAGUUUUGAAACCACUACAAGAAUAUCAUUCAUCAGUGCCAGUCGCAACGUCAAAUAGCGACCCAUCCGAAGCCGUCAUUCAAGAAUUUGAACAACGAAGACUCGCAAGAGAAUUUCAGGAGCAAUUGGAUCAAAAUCGACGGCAAAUUAUGCUACGACAGUUGCAACAACGCAUAGAAAAACAGGCAGAAGAGCAGCGAAACUUACAUGCGCAUGAGCUUGAGCGACGGCUUUGUCAUGUGCAACGGAGGCAACAAGUACACGAAGAGCUGCAGAGAAAACAAAGGGAGUACCAACAGCAGCGUCAAAUGCAACAAGAGCGAGAAAAAUUGACGGCUUUACAGAAUGAAGAACGGGACAGACGUCAGCGAGCAAAAGAUCAAGAACAUUUACUAGAAAGACUGCAGCAAAACAAACAUCGACAGGAGGAGCCUCAAAAUUACAUUGCACCAAUUCACGAGCGUUUGCAUAAAGCAACACCGCCAUCGCGUUUUCAAACGAUUGAGCGACAAAACGUGUAUCAUUCAUCGUUGCAAGGGUCGAAAAAAAGUCAAUCGGGUUCUACAUGGGUCAAUGGUAGUGACGAUGAGUACGUUCCCUCAGGAGGUGAGAAAAGCGAUAGUAGCACCGGUAGCUUUUCAGAAGAAAUCCAAAUAAGUCGACCAACUCGAAGACGCUGUCGAAAGCGAUUGUUGUAUUCUCAGGUGGAGGUCGACGACGAUGAUGACGACCUCCCUAACCUAUCAGCACCACCUUCUCGAGCCCACUUAUCACAUGACAAGAGCGAAGACAAAAGCCCUUCGAGAAAGGCAGGUUCAAAACGGAGAAGGUUACGGCAGUGCGGUGUCAAUAAAGUGAUAACAAACAGUCUUGCGGCUGAACUUAACCAUAUAUUAGAUACCGAUGACGGCGAACAUCAAAUUGUGAAGCCACUUAACGAAACUACAGCUGUAGGACCAAGCAAACCGACUGAAGAUGAUCAAAAUGAAAUUAGAAACGAUAAGGCAUUUAUUGAAUAUGACGAUGAUAAUGACGGUGCUGAUUUUGAUGACGAUGCAGUAUUUAGGCCACCAAAUCUUGGUAAAACUACUCGAUGUGUGUGCGGAGCUACUGCAGCAGGGAACUACCGGGGGCAUUGGCUUCAAUGCUCGAAAAACGAUUGUGGUGUUUGGGAGCAUGCUGAUUGCGUUGGAUUUCUGAUAAAGUUUGCGUCCAUCACAUGUUUGACUUAUCUGUGCUCUCGUUGCGAUCCCAUUUCAUAUUUGGCACGCUGCGAAAAAGCAUCUCAUCGGUUACUGGACUGGCUGUUCCAAUGUUGCGACAGCCGAAAUUCAAAGCAACUGAUAAACUUACUCAAAAGCAAAGCAAAUGCCUCUUUCGACUGGAAACAUGCGGAUUACGAAAGCAGGACUUUGGUAAUGCAUGUUGCACGUAAUGGUCUCGCCAAGUGCUUAUGCUAUUUAUUGGAUGAACGUAACAUAGAUCUCUAUGAGACUGAUUUACAGAAUCGUACCGUACUCCAUCAUGCAGCUCUUGGGGAGUCAGUCGUAUGUUGUCAAGCAUUACUUGAGCGUGAUCGAAAACUGCUGCUUCAUCAAGAUCUACGGGGAUGUAUGCCUUAUCACUUGAUGCUGCAAUCAUCGAAAUUAAAUCGUCUCUGUAUCCCCUAUAUAAGGCUGGACGCAGCCCUCGUAGGCAUGUGUGACUUGGACUCUAAUUUUCCGAUCCAUUACGUAUGUCAGGCGAUCAAUACUUCUACCAUUGAGAUUUGCCAAAUGAUUCUGGCUGCUCAACCUGUUAUGCUUCAAGAAAAGUCCAGCGAGGGGAUUUAUCCCUUAAUGAUUUUGUGUAAAGCGGCGGGAAACAUUAAAGCGCGAAGUCAUGUAUCAAAUGUGAGUGAAAUUUUCAGUUAUGCGAAAAGAAUUAUCGCACUCAUGCUUGAUGUCGAUGUCUUUGGAGACUGUUUGAACCAAAAGGCACCAAAUGGGUGGUCUCCACUCCAUUUUGCUGCUGCUUCAGGCAAUCAUGAGCUAGUGAGUUACCUCUGCAAUGUCGGGCUGUAUGAUGUGCAAUACGCUGCAAAUUCAUCCGGUCAAACUGCGCUUCAUGUUGCAGCACAAAAUGAAUUUCCAUUGUGUGUUCGCGCAUUGUUGCUGGAAGGGCUCAAUAUUGUAGCGAAGGAUACCAUCGGGUUUAUGCCGAUAUUACACACGAAGAAGGCCUUUUGCAUUCGAGAAUUUAUGCAUUUCAAGCUUACAAAGCAAUUGUCUAGGCUGCAUCGAAUGCUGGGCAGGUUCAAUCAGAGGGGUAUUGUUCAUCGGUGGCAGCGGUUAGUAGCACAGGACCCGAUAUGCUUUGAUAUUCUUAACGAUUGGUGUCGACGCGAUCCUGAGCGGAUUGAACGCAUGGAUGGACUUCUGCUGUCGAAUCCAUUUCUACUUCGACUUGAUAACAAAAUUAACUAUGUUAUGGGAAAUGUUGUUCGAUCGAUCAAGAAAGUACCUGGCAAUUGCUUGCUCCCUUCGAGGAAUGGAAAUGUAGAUACUGAGAAGCAAUUUAGACGACAGAAGAUUGUAUUUGUUUUUUCGCGCGAGAGUCGCUGCUUUUGGAAACAAUUUAUUGGUAUGGCUAGAAAACUAGAGCCCGAAGAUUUUCGUUUGCCAAUGGUUUUUUCGAUCAAACAGGACAGCGCUAACAGUCAAAUUAACGAAACUUAUGAGAGCAAUGUGAAACUUGUAUUGAUACAAAUAGCAGCGGGGUUGUUGAAAGAAGCUCCUGGUUUACUCUUAAGUGACCCAUGUAACAAUUUGAAAAAAGGACCACUUCUGACUGACAAGGAUAGCUUGUCUGCGCAAUUACUCACUUUUUUCAUAUUAGGAGAGCUGGUAGCACACUUUGUGCUUUUUGAAGUAGCAUUCAGUGGGAUAUUAGACUUCAACGAAGCUUUUCUGCGUUGCGUUUGCUGCAACGGAAAGUUUCUAUCGAGACAUGAUAACGAUAACAUUUGGAUAAAUGCAGGGCGCUGUUUUGCUGCAGGAUUCGAUGGUGUGCUACCAGCGACCCUUAGUUUAUUUCAUGCGAAUGAACUUUCGGUCCUUUUCAACGUUUCGAAUACGAGCAUUAAUGUCAUGCAGAUUGACUGGAGUGUCGCUGUUGACUGGAAUAUCUGUAGACACGAAGAGCUGAACGAUACGAACGCUACCAACGCGAAGGAGUGGUUCCCCCGUCUGAUGAAAGAACUUGUUAAGGAAGAGCGAUUGCUUGUUUUGCUGUUUAUGACAGGCACGUUUCACAUGUUAAAUGAGCAUUUUUUUCGAUCCGACAAAGUUGUUGGCCGUAUUACGAUUGAGUGCCGUUCCGACGUUGACAGGAUACUCAAUCAGGACGCGAUAUACCCUAUGAUGGAGCACGGUCCUGAUGUACUUCGAAUACCGCCAUAUUCAAGCUAUGACGCAUUUAAAAUUGGGUUUCUCUCUGUGAUACGCCACACGUAUCACGCAUUUCUUCCAGAAUGA